AGGAGGCAGACACGGGCAGGACCCAAACACUGGCUGGGUGUCCUGGGAAGACGGGGGCCGCCGACCGCAGCACCGGCCAUCACCGGGCGGCGCAGGGAUACUCGGUGCUGUGCGGGGCGGGGAGAGCUCCGGCCGCAGCAGCCAAUGAGCGCCACGUCUCCGGCUGUGACAUAUGCAGCAGGCAGAGUAGCAGAUAAAGAUGGCAAUGUCUCUGAUCCAGGCAUGCCGCAGCCUGGCGCUCUCCACCUGGCUCAUCUCCUACUGCUUCGUGCAUCUGCUCUGCAUGGACUUCACGGUGGCGGAGAAGGAGGAGUGGUACACGGCCUUCGUCAACAUCACCUACCAGGACCCGGCCAACGGCACCAACCGGACGGAGAAGAGCGAGUGCGGGAGGUACGGGGAGCACUCCCUCAAGCUGGACGCCUGGGGCUUGGCGGUGAUGCCCUCCCCGCAGGACAGGCUGGCCUGUGACCCGGCCGCUAAGUUCCCGGUGCCAGCCCACGCCGGGAGAUGGGUGGCCCUGAUCCCUGUGGGCAACUGCACGUGUAGGGAUAAGAUCCGACAUGCCGCCCUGCACAACGCCUCGGCCGUGCUCAUCUACAACGUGGGAUUCGGGAAUGACACCAUCACCAUGUCCCAUCCAGGCAUUGAAGAUAUAGUAGCAAUAAUGAUCCCGGAGCCUAAAGGGAAGGAAAUCGCAAGCUUAAUAGAGAAGAACUUUAAUGUCACGAUUUACAUUACAAUUGGGACGCGGAACUUACAGAAAUUUGUCAGCCGCACAUCAGUGGUGUUUGUUUCCAUCUCCUUCAUUGUCCUGAUGAUCAUCUCUCUUGCCUGGCUAGUAUUCUACUACAUCCAAAGGUUCAGAUACGCCAAUGCCAGAGACAGAAAUCAGAGGCGGCUUGGGGAUGCUGCGAAAAAAGCCAUCAGCAAAAUGCAAGUCAGAACCAUCAAAAAAGGAGAUAAGGAGACGGAGCCAGAUUUUGAUAACUGCGCUGUGUGUAUUGAAGGAUAUAAACCUAAUGAUGUUGUCCGAAUCUUGCCGUGCCGACAUCUGUUCCAUAAGUCCUGUGUGGACCCCUGGUUAUUAGAUCACCGCACGUGUCCAAUGUGUAAAAUGAACAUUCUCAAGGCUCUGGGUAUACCACCAAAUGCAGAUUGCUUAGAUGACAUCACUCCAGAUUUUGAUGGCUCAGUAGGACCACCAACUAAUCAAAUUACAGGAGCCAGUGAUGUGACCGUGAACGAGAGUUCAGUAGGAGUAGACCCCGCUGUCCGUACUGUAGGUGUUUUACAGAUCAUCCAAAAUGCGGAUGUACUUCCACAGGUUGGAGAGGUCAGCUAUACUGCAAGCAGUGAGCAGGAGCCAGCAAUCAGCAGUGACUCUGAUAUAUCUCUCAUCAUGGCAGUAGAUGUUGGACUUUCAGAUGUGGAUCUUUCCACGGACCAGGACUGUGAGGAGGUGAAGUCAUGAGCAGGUCUGUUGCUGAGUUCCAUAGGAAAGAUAUAGAGAAGGGGUAAAGCAGUCGGCUCUCCCGGAGUUUGGACUAUUCCAAUAAGUAAAAACCACUCACCAUCACCAUAAGUCUCCAGUGCACUCCAUUAUGGGAUGAUCACGAAAAAAAAAGCAAUAGCGCCAGAUGCCUGCUGUUUCAGCACAGAUCCUUACCCCGCAGGAUUUUAAGCUGUGUUGACGUGGGAGCAGUGGCCUCCACAUUUACUCACCCGUGCAAGACAUCAGUCUUCAGGCUUCCCUGAUGUGGACGGUAGACGUGGACCUAAAUUGAAAUCGAUGAUGCUGUUUUUAAGAAGCGAUAGAUACUUCACAAUCCCACCUUUGUCAUUUACCCAGUUUUAAACAAUUUAUUGUAUCACCAAUAUCCUAGUCACGAAAGAAAAUGUAUGUCGGCGUCUCCGCCAAAGAGAUUGGGAUGGUCAUGAAUGAAUGCCCUGCUCUUAUCUGAAGGAAGCUAUGACUGCCGGAUGGGCACCCUUCCCAGAAGCACUUGAGAAGAAAAUGUUUUUUGAGGGCCUGUGCCAGUUGCAUGUGAUCUGGCAUUUGUCAUGAACUGCAUAAAGAAUGUUAGGUACUAAAGUUACAAUCUGUUGCUCGGAGUCAUUAACGAGGCUCAGUGUGUGAAUUAAGGCACACAUUAUGUUUUUGCACCAUCAGUUUUAGAUCCAUAUUUUAAGAAUGUUGUUCAGAGUGUUUGACACUGUGCAGAUAAUUUUUAUUUUAUUUUUAAAAUCCCCACUUAUUUAUUGUGGGGGAACCAGUCCUUUUGACUCUUAAUGGAAAUGUAUGCAGUAUUGUGCUUACACUACAGAGUGGCAUAUGUUUUUUCAAGAAUAAAUAUAUAUUUUUUCAAAACAGAAUAUAACUAUUAGUGGGUGAAUAAAAAAAAAAAAACAAGGGUAAUUAGGUGCUCUGAUGUUGUGUAAGGUAUCAUACUGGCUCAUGACAUUCCAUUAUACUAUGACCUAUGACUUGAUGACCCGAGACGCAAAGUAUUUUUCCUGAGAAUUGAAUGUAUUGGCAUUAGCUACAAUGAAUUCUGUUUUAUAUUCUGGAAGCAAGGUUUUUAUUUAUCUAAUAAAAAAAUAUAGUCACAGUUAGUUAAAAGUAGCUGAUAUUUCGUAAUAUGGACAUUGGUAGCUGUAAUAUAAUAAGUAAUACAAAUUGAAAGCCAAAAAUUAUGAUAUUGUAAAGCUGUUUAAGAAAAAAGAUGGACAUUUCAAAAGUUAAUACAUCAGGUGGUAAGGGUAUUUGGUUGGCACAUGGAUGGAGAAUAUCUUAGGAAUAAUACCGUUUCACUUGUGCAUCUGACGUUUGCGGUAUAUUAAUUUACAGCAGACCUUGUUGUACAAGCUGUGCAGCUUAAUUGACACAUUGAAAAUAGGGGCUUAUCCCCUUAAGGACCAUCCAAUCUAUUUUGUCGCUGUUCUAGAGAGGCUUCUGUGAACUCUCCUGCCGUAUGAUUGAACUGUAACUAACAGCUCUGGUUCUUAGAGCAGCCGAUGGCUCUACAGCCAGGAUCGGAGGUAGCUCCAGCCCAGCAGUAGCAUGAACAGAGGGGAUUUCCCCUGCUGAUUGGGUCCCAGAGAUCUGAUCGGAGGCUGAGUAAGCCUUUUGCAGUCAACCCCUGAGGACCCAGAAAGGACCGCAGGAGUGUAUGCUUAAUAAUUCUGUCAUACAGCCAGACCGCAUAAUGUAUUAGCAUACAGCGGUAUGAUAAUACAUUAUUAUAAGUAUAAAAUCAUUUUGUAAGAGAGUAGUUACUCAAUGUAAUUAAUAAAAAAUGUAGCUCGCAAAAAAAUAAACUAUUAUUUUCAUAAAAUACAUUUUAUUGAGCAUACUUUAAAAGCCAAAAAAGAUACACUUAUUAGGUAUCCACACAACUGAAAUAACAACCAAACUCAUUUAACAGGUGAUUCCAUGUGAAAAAUGUACAGUGUAAACGAUAAAGUAAAAAAGCAAUGUCAAAAAUUGGUUUUCUAUACUUGCAAGUUGCAACGCCCCAAAAAUUAUAUAAAUUAUGAAUUUAUUUAUUUGUACCCUCAAACACCACUAAAAGUGCAAUUUGUGUAGCAUAAAACUAAGCAUUAUAGAGCCAUAUCGAUUUAAAAAAAACUGAAAAAAUUAGCUGCCCAUUAAGGGGUUAAGCUGCUGAAGUUGAGGAGUGCUCUACAAGUUAAUGGCAGUGUUAAAGGGGUUUUCCAAGAUUUCUUCAAAACUGCCAGAAAGCAGGGACUGUAUGUAAUAAAGGAAAAAUCCUCACUCACCUUUUAAGUGUCUGAUACAACCGUUCAUGAAGCGGUCACGUAUACAGCGAAUGACAUAACUGAUGCAGGCCUGGCGGGGAUCAGAGUGGUGGGGACCAGAAUGGCGGCAUUGGAGAGCCGAGACAUUUAAAAGGUGAGUGAGUGUUUUGUUUUUUGUCAUAUUGGCCCCUGCACUCUAGCAAUUUUUUUAAAAAAUCUUGGAAAACCUAUUAAAGACCUGUUGGUGUGUUACUGUGGGAACAGGGAAUAUUAGACACUAGUUCAGCCCCACUUUUUACAAGUUACAUGUCUUAAUUGUUUCUUGCCAUGUACGGUAUUCUAUUCCACAUUAGUACUCAGUCCUUACUAACCAGUCAACAAGAUAUUAUUGUUUAAGGGGCAGUAUGAGGGUAAUAAUAAAAAAAAAGGGUCUGCUUUGUCCCCCAGAAGUGACUCUACUCUUGUCCAUGUGCUCUGCCUAAUAUUGCAUCUCAGCCCCAUUGAAGUGACGGGGACAGACACAGCCCCUGUUUAUGGCCUAAAAGCUGAUCCUUUAUCUAGUCUCUUAAAAUUGAUUCAAGCAUAAUUUUUGAAAAUGAAGCAACCAGGAUAUGACCUUAAUAAGCAAAGGAAAAAAAUUACUUGGCCUAAACAAUACCAUAUUAUAUGACUUCUCUAAGCCACUCAUUGUAGUUUAGAGAUGAAGUUGUGAUAGUGUAUAUCAUUUAACUGUAAUUCAAAUGCUAAUAGAAGAUCAUGGUAGUCAUAAUUUGUCUUCUAUAUAGAUGUCCUAUAUGUUAUAUAAAACAGUACUGCAAGCUUAAAUACCUUUACUAUAUACAACUUCCACAACCACAGAAUUUCUUUACCCUAAUACAUAUUAGCUGAUCUUAGCUUCAAAGCCGCAAUGGUUGAGCAUGACAUGACAAUUCACCUAUGAAAAAUUAGUAGAGCCUCUGCUUCUCAUUAUGAGGUUUUUGCUGUUCAAGGAACUCUCAAUUAAAAGUGCUUAUUCAGCCAUUAAUUUUUUAAAGGCUCCUUAUGAUGUAAGAUAUUAAAAUAAGUCACGCAUCUCACCAGUCCUCACCAUUUCCAUUACAGCACUUCACAUGCCUCUGCCGAUGUCUGCUUCCUGUUCCCACCCAGUACACAGGAAAUGACCACUCAGCCAAUCACUGACUGUAACGUUGACCUUCCAUUUCCUGUGUGUCAAGAGGGACCAGGAAGAAGAGACUGGCAGGGGACCUUGAAGCGUUGGGAUGGGAACGGGGGGCAUUGAUAAGAUGCAUAUGGCUUAUUUUAAACAUUUUCAUCAUGAGGAGCCUUUAAAAAAAUAAUUGGGCAGACAAACCCCUUUUUAAUGAGUCUGCAUAACUUUUUUUCAGAACAGAUGUUAAUCAAACAACUUUGAGGAGCACUUGUACUUCACCAGCAUUUCAAGAAAAAGAUUGACCUUUUAUAAGAGUUGGGCUCUUCAUAUAGGCCAAUAAGAUAUUGCGAUUUUCAAAACAGAAAACCCAUAGACCUAUGCUGGCUUAUGUCCUCGAAGCUUAGACAAUGAAUAAACCUCAUCUUAUCACUUCAUGUUAUGUGUCAUGGGUGGUACUUUGUGAUGUGAAAAAUCAUUACCAGUGAUGUUUUACGUAUAUAGACAGCAGGAUCAUUGGUGUAGGUAGUUAUGGACACCAGGAGAAGAACAUUCAGAAAGGAAGAUUUGAGUUGGAAAUGUACAGUGGUUUCACGGUAUUAUUAUUACAUUAGAGGAGUUAUGCGUUACAAUAUUUAUGAUCCUAGCGUGGAACCUGAUUUUGACCAUGAUCCAGUUCUUAUUUUAAGGCUUCUAACCAACAGUAAUUUUUUAGGAGCCAACAUCUUCAUGUAAAGGAGAUCUGAGCCACAUACAAUUUAAAAACUACAAUGUGGCUAAUUGCAGUAAUUCUCUGCAAAUAACUCUACAUAUUCACAUUCUACAUAUUUAUAAUUUUUAUUAUGUCCACUCUUUAACAUAUCAUGCCCUCAAACCUAACCAAUGCCCUAUUGUGAAUAGUACAUUAAAGUGGGUUUCCGGGAGUACAAAAUUUGACCUGUUAUGAGGAUAGGUCGUGAAUAUCAGACCGGUGGGGUCCAACUCCAAACACCCCCAUUAAUCAGCUGUUUGAAGAGGUCACACCACUUCCGUCACCGAUGUGGCCUCUUCCUAGGUCAGUGAUGUCACAUUCAUUAGUCAUAUGGCCUGGGCUGCAAUGCCAAGCUCAGCCGAUGUACAGUUUACGGUACUGUGCUUGGCAAACUCACCAGAGUGCUACAGCCUCUUACAACAGCUGAUAGGUGGCUUUGUUGAGUGUUGGACCAAAACCAAUCUGGAUAGGUUGUCAAUCUUGUACUCCCGGAAAACCCCUUUAACUGAUGUCCAUGGUCUAAGCUAAUUAUAAAAUUUGUGAACAACAACAUUGCUUAUAAUUUUUAUUUCCAACAUUGCAACCCUACAUUGUCACAUCUCAGAGCAGAAUUAUAUGCAAUACUACCUACACAGUGAUGGAAGAUAACUAUUGGUAGAAUUAACAGGAGGUAUACUCAACACUAUACAAAUGAGCAAGAACUUCAUUGAUCGAAAUUACAAUGAGGUGUCCGGGCCUGCCUGUCAGAACCACAAUGGUUGUAAAUUUCUCUCACCUCCUUUAAGGUGUGGUGAUUUCAUUGAUAUUUUCUGCUGGAAGCCUUGCAUGAGAUAUCAGGAGAAGCAGAACACAACUCAAGGUAAUGCUUCAAGGCAUGUUGACCCUGUAAAAUAGUAAUGUAUGCAUAGAUUGUAUUGUGUGCAUUAGUCUAUAGCGCAGUAAAAGAAAAAGGUUUCUCCUGGAUUCAGAUGAUUACCUUAGUAGAUCAAGUUGUGUUGUCAUUUAAUUCCUUGAAAAUUACCAAUCCCUUGGAUUUUGUAGACAUGACAUCACAUGACUUUUUCCCCUUGUAAAUUACUCAUUUAUCACCCUAGUUGUAUAUAUUAAAUCACAGUGAAAGCCCCACCUCUUAUCCUUGCCUGCUCAGUGCAGCUAUAGUCAGUAUAAUUAUAUAAAAGGCCCCUUUGCCUGUCCUAACCAGAAUAUUAUUAAUUACCUACAUCAAAAAGACUUGAAAAUACUAUAAUUAUUUUUUUGUUAAAACAAAGCCUGUUACAAACAGUAUAGCAAUGUAAUAAUAAAGUGACAUAUAAGGAUUUUCUCUUCUGCUGAAUUUGUAGAUCAGUUUAGAAGGAAUCCAUCAGAACAGAUUACAGUAUUUUAUUAUUAUUUUAUAUAUAAAUCAAGUUCCAAAAUCAUAGCUUUA